AUGAUAUUAAGUUAUGAAAGUACGCAAUAUGGUGAUCGUUGUAUUGCUGAACUGACGUCUAUACGAUAUCAAUUAAAUGUGGUUACAGAAUACAAAAAUCGCAUUGAUUUACUGUUAACAGAAACACAAAAAGCUCAUGAGGCUGAUAAAGAGAGGUUUAAAGAUAUUAUGGAAACUUGUGGUGCAAUGAAACAACACACUGCAAUUUGCCAGAGCCAGUUUGAAGAUCUACAGAGUGAAUGCAAAAAAAUUAAGGAAGAAUAUGACAAAUUGACAAAAGAAGCACAAAAGUCAAAG